UCGUUUGCAUCGCAUUUGUUCGUGCUUGUUUUCGUGAAAAUAAAGUUGUAAAUUUUGUGAAAUCGCCGGAAAAUGGAAACGAUUUUCGAAAUUCAACGCCGUCUACACGAGGAAUGCGACCGCCUGGUGAUGGCCAUGUCCGAGGAGCUGCAAACGCCGAAGAAAACCACGAAGGAAAAGGUUUUGGCCGACCAUCGGAUCAAGAUCUACCUGGAGCGGUACCAGAGCUGCAGCAAGUCGCUGCUGGAGCUGUACCAGGACAAGGAUGGCGAGCGGAAGCAGGAAAUUACCAACAUGAGUGUGAACGAGUUCAAGGAGUUUUACAGUCAGUUUAAUUCGCUGGUGGAGUUCCACCAGAAUCAUGGCAACAAUGUGGCCAUUCCGGCGUCGAUUGAGUUUUCUAAGCUGCGCGAGCAGCUGAACGAUCCGGCUUACUUGGCCGAGGUGGUUAAGUUUAGCGAUGUGGAGAACUACGGACAGUACUUGGAUCUGCACGAGUGUUUCGAUAACUAUAUCAAUCUGAAGGCGGUGGACAAGGUGGAUUACAUUACCUAUCUGUCGGAGUUUAACAAGUUUUCGGACGUUCCGAAGAAGCAGAAGAAUAUUAAGUACAAGAAGUAUCUGGAGUUGCUGCACGACUACCUGUAUGGCUUCAUAACGAGGAGUCGGCCGUUGUUCUUCGAGCUGGAUCACACGGUGAAGCGAAAUGAGCUGCAAUUUGAGGAUAUGUGGAAGAAUGGUGAAGCUCCCGGGUGGGAGCGCGGCAAGGAUGUGGAGGAAGAUGCGAUGAUUAAUUUGAAUGAGUUCUCCAAGUGGGAGGAUUUGACUUACUUGGGGUUGGAUCGGUUGAAGUCGGCUCUGCAGGCCAUGGGUAUGAAGUGCGGUGGAACGUUGGAGGAGCGUGCCCAGCGUCUGUUCGCUUGCAAGGAGGACAAAAACAAGGAAAACGAAUACAAGCGUCUGAUGUACAACCAGAAGGACAAGGACAUCGCUCUGCUCGAGUACAAGAUUACCAAACUGGCGGAGUUGGUGGACGAUCAGAUCUACGAGACGAAGAUUAACCUCCAGCGCAAGCAGGCUCGCUACACGUUGGACGAAAGCGACGAGGACAGCAUGGAUGAGGUGGAAUCCGACGACGAUGACGGAAUUCCGUACAAUCCGAAGAAUCUCCCGCUGGGCUACGACGGCAAACCGAUCCCGUACUGGUUGUACAAGCUGCACCAGCUGCACUUUACGUACGAGUGCGAAAUAUGCGGUAACUACAAGUACAAUGGGCCGAAGGCGUUCCAGAAUCACUUUUCCGAGUGGCGACAUGCGCACGGGAUGCGCUGUCUGGGCAUUCCCAACACGGCCCACUUUGCCAACAUUACCAAGAUCGAGGAUGCGCUGCUGCUGUGGGACAAGGUUAAGGAGCAGACUUUCUCCAAAAUGUGGGUUCCGGCCAACGAGGAGGAGUUUGAGGACUCGAGGGGAAACAUUCUCAGCAAGAAGGUGUAUCUGGAUCUGCAGAAGCAGGGUUUGCUCUAGGUUGUAGGAUGUAAAGUUAAGAUUCGACGGGCAUUUCUAUUGAUAUAAAUAAUAGCGUGGCGCCAACAUUGCUAGGAUAUUUGAUC